UCGCAGCAGUUGAGCUGGGCAGUGCAGAGCCUUCAGAUCCUCUUGCAGCAGUGGAAAAUUUAGAGGACGUACAGGAGGGACAGCGUUUGUGUGUUUUUCAGCACUAGUUUCUCGUGCUAGUGUAAAGCUGUAGCUUAUUCUGAUCAUUUGCACAGCUUGCUGUUCAGAUUCCAGUCCCUGUUUGGAAGCAGCCUCGAGAAAAGGCAAAUGAUUGAGCUGGGCCUCGGUGAUGGGAGCCUCAUCGACGAGCUGAUGGAGCUGACGGCACAGAGCAUCGGCCAGCUGGAGAUCCAGGAACACUUCAACAUCGUCAAGGAGAUCGGCCGGGGGAAAUAUGGCAAAGUGUUGCUGGUCACGCAUCGUUUUAGGGGGACUCCAAUGGCCUUAAAGGUGAUGCCUAAAGCCUCGACUAAGCUGCAGGGCUUUCUGCGAGAGUAUUGCAUCUCCUUACACCUGUCCUGCCACCCCUGCAUCGUGGGCCUCUUUGGCAUUGCCUUCCAGUCUAAAGAGCACUACUGCUUUGCCCAGGAGCUUGUCAUUGGGAGGGAUCUUUUUGCAGUCAUCAAACCAAAAGUGGGUAUCCCAGAAUCCUCUGUAAAACGCUGUGUCCUCCAGAUCUCCAGCGCUUUGGAGUUCAUCCACAGCCAUGGCCUGGUCCACCGGGAUGUAAAGCCUGAAAACAUCCUCCUGCUGGACACCCACUGUCGCCAGGUCAAGCUGGCCGACUUUGGCCUCGCACAGAAGAGAGGAACCCUAAUACGCUUCAUCACAGGAACCUUGCCAUACAUGGCCCCAGAACUCUGCGCCGUGGCUCUGCUGGACAACCAGAAAGAAGUGACAGGGCCUCCUCUGAGCGUUGAGCCAAGCCUGGACACCUGGGCCUUCGCUGUGGUUAUCUUCUGCAUCCUCACAGGAUACUUCCCCUGGGACCGCUGCAUGGACUCAGACAGCUUCUACCAGGAGUUUGCAGACUGGUGCACAAUGAAGAAGAAAGCUUAUGUCGAGGAGGACAUUCCUCCUUUGUGGAGGAGGUUCACCCCAGAAGCCAUGGAGAUGUUCAGUAAACUUCUGGCUCCAGAUGCAUCACAAAGAGGUGUAGUAGGAGACGUGAGAGCAUAUGUAGAAAAGGACUGGCUGAAGAAAGAUCAUGGAAACCAGCUGCUCUAGACAACUGACCAGGGUGAACCUCUGGGGAUAUUCACAGGAAAAAUGUGUUUUGAAAAAAACUGAGUUAACAACUUGCAUGGAAGUAUCAAGAAAUUUUGAAUUUAAGAAUCUCAAGAAAUACUGUCACGAACAACCCUUGAGAAGGAAAAAUAUAUAUGAUAUGAUCCAUAAUGACUAUAACUGAAAGAGACUGCAGUCUGCAGCCAGUCUCUUCUAAUAGGUAGCAGAUUGUGCUGAUUGUCAAACCGAGAAGAGGACAUUGUAACAUGUAAAAGGGAAGAAAGUCUUCCUAAUGAGUAAUGUUCUGAUAUUUACAGACCUGAACUGUUACUGUUUCACCGUGUCCCGUCUACGGUGAAGCACCCUCGGUGGACCCAGCUCGUUUUACCCAGUCAGGCG